AUGCGCUUUGUAUUCUUUCUUCUUACAGGCACAAGUGCUGUAUCUGCCUACACUGUUAUCAACCACAAGCCUUUCAUGAAUAAGAAUGUUGACGCCUUGGUAGUUCCAGGAACUUACACUAGUCACAUGCAUACUUUCUUCGGAAGCGAUGUCAUUACCAAUGUGAAGCCAACUAGUGCUGAGCUUCAAAAAGGAUGCUACUCGGGUGAGAAUCCCAACGACCUCUCAGUAUACUGGAUCCCAACACUCUACUACAUCAAAGACGAGGAACGCAUUGAAGUACCCAUCUACCGCUUCAGCUCCUACUAUCAGAACAGUGGCUAUGCCGAAGUUCCAUUUCCCGCGGACACUGGUCUGAUCGCCGGCAAUGCAUCGGCACAAACCCAGGCAGCAGCUGACCACAAGGCCAAUCUACUUGAGUGGUGGUGCGAGGAAGAGCUCACCGAGGAGAAAGAUCUAGCCAAGUUCCCCACGAAGACCUGCUCUACCCAUCUUCAGGUACAGCUCCGAUUUCCUGACUGCUACAGCCCGGAGACUCUGAAAUCCGAGUACUCCACUGCCGAAUGGGGUAAUGAUAACUAUUGUCCCGAUGGUAUGUUCCGCAUACCCCAGCUCAGAUUCUCCGUCCGCUACGACCUCCGCAAGGUCCUCCCUGAUGGCUGGUCUGGUACUGCUCCUCUCCAGCUCUCCUGCAGUGAUACUGUCGGUGAAGGGUACUGCAUGCACGGCGACUUUAUCAACGGCUGGUUCGCCGACGCGGCUGAGAACAUGCUCAAGGCGGAUGAUGAUGGCAAGCAGAAGUUCAAGCGCAUUGGUGGCGAGCAUGGCACUGCCCCGGUAGAGAGCGAAUGCACACCUGAGGACGCGGAUCCCACCAACGGCACUAACGACUACAAGAUCAGUCUGGAGAUGAUGUCAUAUGGUAGAAAGAUGAACGAUACCGCGCAUAGCUCUAGGCGUAAGUUCAAGGCCUAG